AUGGAAGGCGUAGUUUGUGCUUGGCUGCGCAAUGACCUCCGCCUUCAUGACAACAGCGUGCUGCACCAGGCUGCAGCUGUGGCGUCCAGGAAGAACCUCCGUGUGCUUCCCGUGUACGUCUUCGACCCGCGCUACUUCCAGCGCACGCGCUACGGGACCCUCAGAACAGGCGCUCUCCGCGGCCUCUUCUUGCUGCAGUCCGUCCUCGCCUUGAAGAGGCAGCUGCGACGAGUAGGCUCGGACCUCCUGAUCAAGGUCGGCCGCCCGGAGAAGGUCCUCCCAGCACUGCUCGAGCCUCACGCCGACACCUACGUUCUGACACAGCAAGAGGUCACCUCUGCUGAGCUCACGAUUGACGGCGGAGUGCGACGGGCCUUGGACGACAGGUGCCAGUGGCAGUACUGCUGGGGCUCCACUCUCUUCCACAAGGACGACAUUGGCUGUGCUUCCGGCCUCGACAAUGUGCCCGAGUACUUCAACCAGUUUGUGAAGUGCGUCUGGUCGGGCCAGACGCGGUCCAGCUCUGCAGCGCAGGUGGACAUUCCUCGCGUCGCGCAGCUUGUACGACCGUGCUUGCCAGAUCUGGCACCUGGGAGCCUACCGCUGCCCGAAGCUCACGACCUGGGUUUCGAGCCCGGUUGGCGCGAUCUGCCAUAUGCGGAAGAGCUGCCAGAACCCGCCUCCUGCAAGGAGUUCUUCGGGGGGGAGGCACUGGCUUUGGAGCGGCUGUCAGACUACGUGUGGAAGACUGACUUCCAGUACACGUUGCACUCAGACCGCCUCAAACACUUUGGCGAGUACUAUGCGUCGAAACUGGGGCCAUGGAUAGCACACGGCUGCCUCUCACCGCGCAAGGUGUUUGAAGAGGUCCGCCGCUUUGAGUCUGACUCCCCGGGCGCGCCUCACACGCAGCGUUUGGCAGUUGAGCUGACGUGGCGGGAUUUCUUCCGAUUCCUGUCCGGGAAGCAUGGCAACAGCAUCUUCCGCCAAGGCGGCCUCAAGGGCUACAAGAGGAACUGGAAGCAGGACGUCCGGCUCUUCAACCUCUGGUCCGAAGGUCGGACAGGCUAUCCGCUAGUGGACGCCUGCAUGCGUGAGUUGCAGUCCACCGGCCUGCCUUCCAACCAAGCGCGGCUGAACGCGGCAUCUUUCCUCGCCUGCAGCAUGAGCUUUGACUGGAGGCGCGGUGCGGAUUGGUUUGAGAGCCAUCUGUUGGACUACGACGUUACAUCCAACUGGGGAAACUGGGUUCGGUGUGCUGGCCUCACCGAAGGGCGUUUGGACUCUUUCAACGUGGUAAAGCAGUCGCAGAAGCUGGACCCCGACGGGGUGUACCUGAAGCGCUGGCUGCCCGAGUUGGAGCAGGUUGCCGCCCCUCUGAUUCACGAGCCGUGGCUCAUGACCGCCGAGGAGGCUUCUGAAUUGGGUGCAUCCGCCUACCCGGCUCCCUGCAUUGACCCCACCUUCUUCGAGGGCCGCCACGGACCUCGUCAGGGGGCUGCCAGGAUUCCACCGGAGAGGUACAAGCUGGACGAAAAAGAGCUUAGCAGAGCGGCCAGAGCGGCCCAUUUCAGCUCGAGUGUGUAG